AUGGCUGACAAUGAUGAUGGGAUGAUGCUCAACUUUGCAAUGCCCACUUCUGCAUCUGCAAACUCUGGUUUGAAAAAAGACAAGAAAUCAAGCAUAAAAGUUAAAGGUGGAAGAUGGGCAGACAGAAGAAAGGCCCAACUGGAAUUGAUGGGCAGAACUCCCGGCAAGGGCAUGAAAUCAAAAGGACCUUCAAACGCUAACAGUACUCCGGUCUCUCAAAGAAAGAAGAGAGCCAAUGAAGAGGAUACUGAUGAUGGUGGGAACUUUUCUGGUAUGAAAAAACAGAAGAACACAUCAAAUGGUGUCAUGGGUACUUUAAAUAGGGAAAAUGGCCAAAUUGUAUCAUCCUUGUUUACUGCCAAUCCAGAAAUUCAAAAACGUGACUACGAAAAGGAAAUUGAUGAAUCAAAACUGAAGCCGUCGAACGCUCCAAUGAUUGGUGAUGAUGCGGACUUCAAAGCUUUAGGAUUACACGCUAAUUUGCUUAAAUGUUUAGAAAACGCAAGGUAUUCGAAACCAACCAAAAUUCAGAGAUUAUCAAUACCUAAACUUAUAUCUUUGGGACAUCAAAGAACAAGAACCAAUCCGUUUCCGCCCCAGCCUAGAGAUAUGUUUAUGCAGGCACAAACUGGUUCUGGUAAGACAUUGGCUUUCACCCUACCUAUAAUCAACCAGAUUCUGAAUGCAAAGGGCAAGAUUACUAGACAAUCGGGUAUUUAUGCCGUCAUCUUAACACCAACCCGUGAAUUAGCCCAACAAAUUUAUCAAUUCAUUGAAGAUACUAUUUGUAAGAAGGCUUGUAACUGGAUCGUUCCUGGUAUAGUAAUUGGUGGUGAAAAGAAAAAGGCGGAAAAGGCAAGACUAAGGAAAGGUAUCAACAUUUUGGUUGCUACCCCCGGUAGAUUGGUUGAUCAUAUCGAAAAUACACAAAGCCUAGAUUUGUCAACUGUCAGAUAUUUAAUUCUGGAUGAAGGUGACAGAUUAAUGGAAUUAGGUUUUGAAGAAUCCAUCGCCGCAAUUGUGAACAGAUUGCAAAAAGACUAUAGAGACAAUGAGCAAGUUCUAGGUCCAUUAUCGGAUGUGAUGCCACCAAGGAGGGUUAAUGUUCUAUGUUCGGCAACUUUGAAGGGUAAUGUUAAAAAAUUAGGUGAAAUUACGCUUAAUAAUCCGGAGGUUAUAAGUGCCAGUACAAUUUUAGGUGAGGAAGAACUAGACCAUCACAUGAAGGCGCCAGAUCAAUUAAUUCAAGAGAUAGUUGUUGUACCUCCAAAAUUACGCUACACUACAUUAAGUGGUUCACUGAUGAACAUGACCAGAAAAGGUGUCGAUUCUUCAACGUUCACUAAGUCUCUUGUUUUCUUAAGUUGUUCGCAUUCGGUGGAUUUCCACUUCAUUGCAUUGACGAAGGAUGGUAAACGUCUGAAAAUAGAUAGAGAGCGAAAGGAAAUUUUAAAGAAAAUCAAGAAUAACAAAACUAACAAAAAUAAAAUGGAUAAGAAUAGAAGUAAGGAAGGGACAGAAGGUGAUGAUGAUAAGGAGGAUAAAGAAGAGUUAUUGGGCAGUAUUACUGCAAUGACUGCUCCUCAUAUAUCUCCUAAUACAAUUAUUUAUAAACUUCACGGUUCUCUAUCUCAACAAACACGUACAGCAACCUUGAAUCAUUUUUCAAACGACAAUUCUCAUAAUACUAUAUUGCUCUGUACUGAUGUUGCAUCGCGUGGUCUAGAUUUACCUGCAAUUGAUCAUGUUAUUGAGUACGAUCCUCCCUUUUGUGUUGCAGACCAUUUACAUCGUGUUGGUAGAACAGCAAGACUUGGUAAAAAAGGUUUAUCAUUAUUAUUUCUAUUGCCAGGUGAAGAGGAAAAAUAUAUUGAGAAGAUUGAACCUAUGCAUGAUAAAGAGUCCAUCAAAUUUAUAACUUAUGAAGAUAUCUUAACUAAGGCAUUUGCCAAAGUUGAAAAUAAUGAUGAUGAAAAUGCAGAAGACGGCAAAAAGAAAGGUAACAGAUUCAAUCGGGAAGGUUCGUGGGAUAUGUAUGCUACCACUUAUCAACUAGAAUUGGAAAAGUGGCUAUUGGAGGAUAGUAGAGCUUUAGAAAUUGCUACCGAUGCCUUUAUCAGUCACAUUAGAGCAUAUGCUACACAUUUAUCAAAUGAAAGGGAUAUUUUUAACGUGAAGCAUGUUCACCUUGGUCAUUUGGCAAAAUCUUUUGGUUUGAGAGAAACACCAAAAAAAUUGGCUGUUAAAAGUACUACCGCAGGUGACGAAAGCAAGAAGAAGGAAAGUGCCAAAAAUAAAAUGUUUAGGUUGGCAAGAUUGGCUGUUAAGUCGCAAAACGAAGAGUUUAACUUUGCUUAG